GGGAGAAAUUAAACCUAAGACAAUACGUGUGCGAUAUUUUUAGCCUCAUAUAUUUCCCAGCCAAAAGCAAGCAAGCAAUCUUCCCACUUAAGGCUUAACCUCUUGCACUGCAGGCUUAGAUAAAUAUUAUACAACAAAAUGAGCACCUUGCUCAUAAUUCUGUUUUGGGUUUGCUCCUGGCUCUGGGUGAUCUGGCCCUUGCAUCACUUUCGGCUACACUCAAUGGGUUUGCCCAGCUGAUUACAGGGCAUGUUUCCCACCAACAACCAUCUCUUCAAGCUUCUCUGCAGCAUCGAAGGAGACGCCACUACCCAUUUGAAGGAAUGACAUUUUACAGGAGUCAUACCCCUGGAGAUUCUGAGCUGAAAUGCCUAUGUGGGCUUCCUGCAAAACUGAGAUUAUCUCAAACCCCAAAAAACCCGUUUAGGUUAUUCUAUAAUUGUCCGAAGGGUAUUUCUGCACAAUGUGAAUUCUUUCGUUGGUCGGAUGAGCCAGCUCCAACGGGUGAUAGGGAGACCGAUGAGCAAAAUCUUAUCCGUCAUGAGUGCAUUCGACUACAAGAAAGCUUAAAUGAAAUCCAACAGGAACUGGAUUGUGAGAGGACUGAAUGGGGUAGGGAAAAAUCAGAGCUAACUUCACAACUAUCAACUGUGCAAUUUGAGCUUGAUGCUCUCAAGAAAAGAAUCAAGAUGGCAAAUGAAUCAGAUCUUAUGCCCCCUCUUGACAAGCUAUCCAUAGCAGAUGAUAAGGAUGAUGAUGCCUUAGUCCUACAUACUGUAUGCUGAGCAUGGACAGAAUUGGUUUGCAUGGCAUAUUUUUUGCUUAAAUGCCCAGGUAGUCUCAUAUUGUAAAGUUAUGUGAGCAAAUCAGUUAUGGCCUUGAACAUUUAUAAACUAUCUUAGUGGUAAAUCUUAUGUGUUCUUGACUAUUAAAAUAUUGAAUUCUGUUUAGAUGAAGUUAUGGAUUUCAAUGGAAGAGUGAAAAGAAAAGAAGCUUCUUCCU